AUGGUUGAUGGUUUCUGUUAUCCUGAAAGGAUAUUGAAAAUUUUGAAUCGAGAAGAUAUGACGGUGUAUUUAUGCACUGUGUUCUCAUCAAGUAUGAUGAUGCGAUGCGGAAGCUGGCGGGAGAGACUACAUGAUAGUGGCAUGGUCUCUAGAGGCUUGCUUGACAUCUUCGGAUUCUCGUGGUUCGCGGAGGGUUCAACUUGGAAAAAAUUAAAGGCGGACCAGAAAACGUUCUAUUGGGAGGAGUUCAAGAAGAAGUUUUUUUGGGACUCGAUCUACCCCGAGCAAUUGAUCAGAGAUGUGUUUAUGAGGCAUGCUGUAAAUCGCUACAAGGACACUAUGCAUACGCUGAAGGGAAAGAGGGAUGACAGCGUUAACGAUACUGUUUGGGAUGCCUGGCAGGCAGAGUGGGCUACGGUGGAGGCAAAGAAGAAGUCGGACAUCGCUCGGGCUAACCGGAUGAGUGAGCCGACAGGGCCAGGGACAGGACCGAUGCGCCACACUGCAACAUCUUGCUCGGGCGUAAAGCAUAUGACUGGUCAGGAGCUCGGUCGUAUACCGACCUACGCUAAGUUGUAUGUUCGUAUGCACUCGACGCAGAAGGAUCAGACCAAGUUUGUGGACAAGAGGUCCAAGGAUAAGCAUGAAGUCCCUGAAAAUGGGUGA